UUCCACAUCCGGGUCACGUCUCCUCCUCAUGUAGCACAAGCAUGGCAGCGAAAAACAAGCUCCGCAAAAAAUCCAAAACUCCGAAUAAAGCGGCUUUUCAGGCUGAAGACGCCGAACAAGAUGCUGAAAACAGCGGCGGAGACGUGGACGGAGACGUGGACGAUGGAGGCGGAAAGGAAGCGACGAAGGACGACGACGACUUCAAUUUGGACGAAGUUCUGCGACUCGGAGGAACACGGGCUGAUUUCAUCCUCCUCUCCGGCCUGGACGACUCCCAGGAGCUCGUGGACGGAGGGAAGAAAGGAGCGAUAGACGACCUGGAGGAGGGCGAGCUGGAGGCGUUCAUCACCAAACUGGGCAUCCGGGCGUUCGCCGACGUGCAGGUCGUCAAGGACGAGCCGGAGGGCGGAGCCUCGGCUGGCGAGAAGGAAAUUCAAAAGGAGAAAGUUAAGAAAGCGGAGGAGCAGGCGUCCACCUCCAAGACGACCAAAGCUGCUCAGCCUCCGGAGAAGAAGACCAAAGACGUCCAGGCGGCAGCGGGGAAGAAGCUGAAGCAGAACGUGUUUGAGUUUCAGCGGCGUGACGCCCUGCUCAUCAAACCGGGAGGGAAGUGGUUCGAGCUCGAGUACUCGUCCGAGGGCUCGUCUUCGCCGCAGGACUCCUCCCUCGUGUCCCAGUACAAGACUCUGGCCCAGCAGCUGUACGAGGCCGAGGUCGCGCUCUACAAGAACAAGAAGAGCCUCCAGAAAGGAGCCAACUCGGCCUGGAUGAAGACGGUCGUCUCCUCCGGCGUGCUGGCGGACAGGAUGGCGGCCAUGACGGUUCUGAUCCAGGACGCCCCCGUGCACAUGCUGGAGCACGUGGAGAAUCUGGUGGCCAUGGUGAAGAAGAAGGGCAGCCGGCGGAUGGGUCUGAUGGCGCUGGACACUCUGAGGGAGCUGCUGCUGUCCAGCCUUUUGCCCGAGGACAGGAAGCUGCGCGCCUUCGCCCAGCACCCGUUCGAGCAGCUGGAGGAGAAGGCGAGCGGCAACCGGGACGCCCGCGACCGCCGCCUCGUCCUCUGGUACUUCGAGCACCAGCUGAAGCACCACGUGGCCGAGUUCGUGGCGGCGCUGGACUCGGUGGCCCACGACACGGUGCCGGCCACCAAGGCGAAGGCGCUGGCCACCGCCCACGAGCUCCUGUGCAGCCGCCCGGAGCAGGAGAGGGCGCUGCUCAUCCAGGUGGUCAACAAGCUGGGCGACCCCGAGUACAAGACGGCGGCGAAGGCGUCCUACCUCCUGGAGACGCUGCUGCACAAACACCCCAACAUGAAGGUGGUGGUGUGCGCCGAGGUGGAGCGGCUCAUGUUCCGGGCCAACAUCAGCGCCAAGGGCCAGUACUACGCCGUGUGCUUCCUCAGCCAGGUGAUGCUGAGCCACGACGAGGCCGAGCUCGCCACCAAGCUCGUCACCGUCUACUUCUCGUUCUUCCGCGCCUGCGUCAAGAAGAAGGACAUCGAGUCCAAGAUGCUGAGCGCGCUGCUGUCGGGCGUGAACCGGGCGUAUCCCUACGCCAGCGCCGGAGACGAGAAGGUGAAGGAGCAGCUGGACACGUUGUUCAAGGUGGUUCACCUGGUCAAGUUCAACACGGCCGUGCAGGCGCUGAUGCUCCUGUUCCAGGUGAUGGACUCGCAGCAGAGCGUCUCCGACCGGUACUACGUGGCUCUGUACAGGAAGCUGCUGGACCCCGGCCUGUCGUCCUCCCCCAGACAGAGCAUGUUCCUCAACCUGCUGUAUAAAUCGCUGAAGGCCGACGUGACGCUGCGACGCGUCAAAGCCUUCGUGAAGCGGCUGCUGCAGGUCAGCGCCGAGCAGAACGCCAACUUCGCCUGUGGAGCUUUGUUCCUGGUGUCGGAGGUGAUGAGCAACGGUCUUCAUACUAUGCAGAGGGACGGGGACGAGGAAGAGGAGGAGUUCAAAGACAUCGCCGAGGAAGACGAGGACGACGAUGGAGAAGAGCGAUUCGUCGACGCCGAUAAACUGGAGGAAGGAGCGGAGACGAGCGCGGAGACGGUGGAGGCCAAACCCAAAGCAUCAUGGGUACAUCACCGCAACCUGGAAGGGGGGACGAGCAGACAGACGUACGACCCUCUGCACAGGAACCCGUUGUUCUGUGGCGCCGAUCACUCAACUCUGUGGGAGCUGCAGAGGCUCGCUCUACAUUUCCACCCGUCAGUGUCGCUGUUUGCUAAAACCAUCCUGGAGGGGGGGUCCGUCCAGUAUUCUGGGGACCCUCUGCAGGACUUCACCCUCAUCAGGUUCCUGGAUCGGUUCGUCUUCAGAAACCCAAAACAGCUGAAGGGAAAACAAAAUACAGACGCUUCAGCGAUGAUGUCGAAACACAGAGGAGCCACUUCUCUACCAGUCAACGGUGAAGAGUUUCUGUCUAAAGAAGAAAGUCAGAUUCCCGUCGAUGAAAUAUUCUUCCACCGAUUCUUCAAGAAGCGUCAGGAGGAGAAGAGGUUACGUCGGCCACAUGGAGGCGGAGACAACGAGAGCGUCGAGGACGUGGACGACGAGGAGUUCGAGAAACUACUCGAUUCGGUUGAGGGCGACUCGUACUUCACUGAUCUGGCUGAUGAUGAUCUGGACUUCGCAGGAAACGUGAAGAGUAAAGAUGGAAAGAAAAGCUCGGAGGACUCGGACGACUCGGACGUGGACGACCUGGACGACGAGGAGGUGUCUCUGGGAAGCAUGGACGAGGAGGACUUUGGGGACGAGCUGGACGAGGACGGAGGGACGUUCAUGGAUCUGGACGGAGACGGAGACGAAGACGACGAUGAUGAAAUCCCAGAGCUGGAGGACGAGGAGGACGAGGAGGACGAGGACGAUGCUGCAUUCAAUGAUUCAGACGACGUUGAUGACGACGAUGAAGCUCCUGACGUUAGUCCUCCAGCCAAGAAGAAGAAGAAGAGGACGUCCUCCGAGAGCUUGGACUUCUCUGGGUCUUUAGGUUCUAAACCGAAGAAGAAGAAGAAGGACGGAGCCAUGUUUGCUUCGGCUGAAGAGUUUGGUUCUUUGCUGGAUGAAAACGCCGGCUCCAAGUUUGACAACAUCGGCCUGAACGCUGUGGCCAACAGAGACAAAGCAGCUGUGAAGCAGCUGAAGUGGGAAGCUCAACGUGACGACUGGAUCCACGGCCGCGACGUCAAGACGCUGCGGAGGAAGAAAAGCGCGUUCACCAAGAAGAAGCCGUUCGGCCGCACGUUCAACAGCAACAAGAGGAAGAAGAAGAAGUAGACGCUGAUGAUGCUGAUGAUGAUGCUGAUGACAUCAUGCGGUUCAGUCCUGCUUGGACGCCCACGCCUCCCGGUCUCGCUCUCGGAUGCCGUAGAUUCCCGCCCACUCGUUGGACUGGUAGUAAACUGGGAGGAAACAGGAAGUAAUUUUUGUAAAAUAAGACUUUUUUUUUUAUUGUCAUGACUUCCUGUUUCACUGUUGCUAGGUUACGAUCUGAUGUCACCUGGUAUUAAUUAAUAAAUUAACAUGUGUCUCCAGA